UACUGUUGAUUUCUUUCUUGUACCUAUUCAAAAAUUGUUAAUUGUUAGACCCGAGUUGCUAAUUGCUAAUUUUAGGGUUUACUUUUCACUCUUAAUAAAUAAAUGACUUGAAUCGGAUUCAUUGAUUCACCAUGUACAAUAUCGAGUUACUUAGUGGGUUUAAAAACCGUCUCUGUGUAAUUGGAACAAAUUAGGGCAGAAUUUGAUUUACUUCCAUUAUUGACUUUCUUCUGGUAAGGUAAAGGCAGCUUCUUUCUUACCUUUGAAUCAAAAUAAAUACUAUUGACGACGACUUCCACUUGAAUUAUUGCACGUAAAAUAUAUCUGUUGAUUUAAUGUAUAAUCAAUCAAUCAAGCAAUCUACUUGCUGCUAGGACCUCAACUUUCAUUUGCAUUGCAUUGCAUUGCAUUGCAUUGAUGUACUCUUUUUAAGGAUAUAAGUUUGAACAUUGUGGGUGUAUCAAUCAUUACUGGAUCCAUCUCUUCAUUAUUUUUAACCUAAUUAAACCUUGAGUACAAUACCUCUUCCUCUGCAUUUGACUUCUUUUGUUGUAUUAGUAAAAAGGAGUCUUAAAUUCAAUAUAUAAUCCUAGUUUCAAUUCAAUUCAAGUUUAUUUAAUCAGCAACCCAUACAUACUAGUACCUUAAAACCAUCAAGAUUAACAUUGUCCAUCUUGAUCUCUUCUGUUAUGCUUGAAUUUAUCAAGCUUAGUUGUUUUACAUUCCUCAUGUGUUGCCUGCAAUUCUAACAUUCAUGAUUUAAAGUUUUUGUGUUUAUGCUCAGAUAAAAAGGCACAAUUUUUGGUAGUUUCAUCUGUUGCUUGAAACCUUUGGUUUCUUUAACAAAGGACCAACCUAACCCGUCCAUUUUACCACAUUUAUGAUUAAUACAUCUUCUUGCACUAACAAAAGUUUUAUGCUUUUGGAGAAAAUGAGGAUAAUAGGAUUAACAGGUGGAAUAGCAACAGGAAAGACUACUGUUUCUAAUCUCUUCAAAGCUAAUGGCUUUCCAGUUGUUGAUGCAGAUGUCGUUGCCCGAGAUGUUUUGAAGAAAGGUAGUGGUGGUUGGAGGAAGGUUGUAGCAGCUUUUGGAGAUGACAUAUUGCUGGAAAACGGGGAAGUUGAUAGGCCAAAAUUGGGCCAAAUUGUUUUUGGUGAUCCUUCUAAACGCCACCUUCUUAAUAGGCUUCUUGCCCCUUACAUAUCAUAUGGUAUAUUUUGGGAAGUUUUAAAAUUAUGGUUGAAGGGGUGUAGAAUCAUCAUUCUCGAUGUCCCUUUACUAUUUGAGGCCAAAAUGGACCGUUGGACAAACCCGAUUAUUGUUGUGUGGAUUGAUCCCGAAACACAACUCAAACGCCUUAUGGACCGAGAUAGAACAUCUGCACAAGAUGCACAGAACAGGAUAAACGCCCAAAUGCCUUCAGAUUUAAAAAGAUCAAAAGCAGACAUAGUGAUUGAUAACAAUGGAUCUUUAGAGGAGUUGAAUGAAAAUUUCAAGAAGAUAUUAGAUCAAGUUACCAAGCCCUUGACAUGGACCGAAUUUUUGGUUUCUAGACAAGGUGCCAUGGUGGUUAUUAUAUCAAUAGUUUCUGGUGUUCUUGGAUGCAAGAAGUUGAUUGCACGCUUAUGAUUUGAAGUCAAUGUUAUCAAUCAAAAAUGUUUUAUCUUCAUGUUUGGGCUUGUUUACAGUGGGCGGGCAUUUCUAUAGCAAUGUAUUGAUGUUUUUGUUUAAGAUAUGCAUGUUAAAUAAGUUGUAAUAGAAUGAAAUAUUAUUAAUCAAGACAUCAAAUCAAACUAUAAAUAAUUUAUAAAGGCGUGAGCAUGUUGUGCCAAAAUAAUGGUCACUUUUACAAUCUGUCAAAAUAUGGGAGUAGUUGGGUAUGUAUUCGGGAUACGUGACAUGUCACGUAACUGACGUGUUACAGAAUGGCUGUACAUUCAUCUGUGGGGUUUGCUGACCUGACCUGUCUUCCACAAUUACCUACCUCACCACCUUCGUUAGUUACAAUUUAUUACCACACACAGCCUCUCACAUUGCACAUAAGUUGUUAAGUUACACCAAAUCCUUGCCUCUUGUUAUGGAAAAGCCACCUGCUGCUUCCGGUCAUAACAUCACCAGCUCUGACAAUAUUCAGACAUGGAAUUUGAGAGUUUAUGUCCACUGUGAAGGAUGCAAGAGGAAAAUCUUCAAACUUCUUCAGAGCAUCGAUGGUGUUUAUAAGACGGUUAUAGACUCAAAGCAGCACAAGGCUACAGUUACUGGAUCGAUCAAUGGUGAUACUCUCGUCCAGAAGCUUCUCAGAUCCGGUAAGCACGCCGAAAUUUUGACAACAGACAACGCUUCUGGAAAGAAGAACGACGCCAUAACCACAGCUGAUGAUGUCAACGAAGAAUCUGAAAACGAUCAAAAAGUAGCUGAGCCAGCUGCCAGUGGUGGUGGUCGUAAAAAGAAGAAAAACAAUAAUAAUAAUAAUAAUAGUGCUAAAGGUGAUACUACUGAAGGCCUGUUAGCGGCUUCCAUGGAGCAUUCAAAUCUCGGCCCUCCUAGUCAUCAGGUGGCACCGUAUGAUCUGCCACCAUAUCAAAACUACUACCCUACACCAGCAUACGGGGGGAUGAGUUACAGUGCAUCUUACCCCAGUGUUGAAUCCUCAUACCAUACCCUACCAGUGUAUGGAUAUGCCCAAUCACAUCCGUCGGUUAACUAUUAUCGUCCACCACCACCCCCAACGUACUAUUGUAGAAGCGCCUUUGAUGAUCAUGAUGACGAUGAUGAUGAAGGUGGUGAGGGAAGGCGUUGCACUUUCAUGUGAGUUUGUUUAGAUUCAUAUUGUUACAAUCUUACGUACGUGAUAUCUAAGUUUGUUGGACACAUGAUAUUGGUACUAAAUGUGAUCAAAAUAAAAUAAGUCUUUUAA